AUGAUUUCACUAUACUAUUUGUACAAGCACUAUUUAAACACCAUCUUGGACCAACAAGAAACUAUACAAUAUAGCUUAAGCAAAGAUGGAACUGGAGAAGAAAUGGGUAAUUCAUUUGAACAAGUGAUUGACCCAAUGAUUAUAUACGCUAUAUUAUCAUCACUAGUACUCUCCAACAAGACAUUGGAUGACCAAUCCUACACAUUAAAGACAUGGUGGAUCAUUAUUGACAAUACAAACCGCCAAUUGCCCACAUCAACUGUAAGCUUGGACCUCAAACUCCUCAAUACCAUGGAGAGCUUUUUUCUUGCAUCAUUAAAUUACCAAUUGAAUUAUAUCAAGAUGGCUACUGAUUGGCAAUUUUGGCAAAUGAUUGAACAGGACAAGUUGUUUAGAUUUAACAAGACCAUAUUAAACAGAUUUAAACUGAUUAUGAGUUUGGAUGAUGAAUUGCCACAACUACAAGAACAACAAUUACAAAGUAAUGCUUGUACAGGACCAUGCUGUAUGAAUAACUACUUUAUCAAUACACCAGUAUUGAGUCCUAUAACACUGACAUUUUCAUCACCUAUAGAGUUGCCAUUGACUCCACAAACACCAGGUGACUACUAUAAAAGAAGAAGAUUGGAUAUCAAGCCACUACCACAACAACAACAACAAUCAAUACAACAGCCAGUGCAACCACUACCAAUACAACAAGAGUUUUCACAACAGUUUGAAGAACUGGUUGUUUUGCCAUCUCAGAGUUUUGCCACACCAUGUCCACCAAUGACAUUUAUGGCCUCUUGCCAACUAGCACCAACUACAAUGACAUCAGUGCCAAUGACAUCUAUGAAUCCAGUGUAUGCACAACCAUCUUCAACCUUGUUUAGCUCACAAGGCUUAUUUCCACAAUACUAUGAAUGGCCAGCUUAUCAACCACAACAAGUUAAGCCAUUCUACAAUAACACAUCUUCAAUAAUACCACUGCAAAUUGCAGUGAAUCCAUACACUAACCAGAAUUACGUUUCAUACUGGUAA